CUUUGCUUGGCCCACUACGGCCUCGACCACAUCGCAACAUCUCCAACUAUGCGAUCAAUCCCACUAAUACCACUCUACCCGCGUGUCGUUUUGAAAGCGAGAUCGAUGUUGGGUUCGCCAUAUAGUCCGCUCGCUUGCUAGGUCUUCUCCACCGACGCCUGUAACAGCAUGACGGAAAGGGAACGAUGAGCGUGAGAAACGCUUGUGCGGGCGAGCAAUGGGCAAACAUGCAUACGCAGUCAUACUCGACGCUGGCUCCUCAGGCAGUCGAGUAUACGUCUACCGCUACCUGAAAGCGACAGCCGCACGCGCAGAUGGCUCUCCCACAGACCUUGCACGACUCCCCGAGAUCAAGACGAAGAACAAGUGGAACAAGAAGGUGCACCCAGGCAUAUCAACCUUUGGCACCAAACCGGAGCAGGUUGGUCUGGAACAUCUGAAGGAGCUUGUGGAAUUCGCCGCGGAUAUCGUACCGAAAGAUGAAGUCGAAUCAACCCCCAUCUUCCUCCUCGCGACGGCGGGGAUGCGCUUACUCCCCGACGACCAACGAAUCGCAGUCUUGGAGAACGUAUGCGCCUACUUCCAACAUCAUACCAAAUUCGCGCUCCCCGACUGCGAUCUCCACAUCCAAGUAAUCGCGGGCGAAACGGAAGGCCUGUACGGCUGGAUAGCAGCGAACUACCUCCUCGGCGGCUUCGAUGAGCCGGAGAAGCACGAUCAUGGGAAGGGGCAUCAUACCUACGGUUUCCUGGACAUGGGCGGUGCAUCGGCGCAGAUAGCGUUUGCGCCGAAUGUGACUGAAUCGGAGAAGCAUGCGGAGGAUUUGAAGCUGCUGCGGUUACGGAAGGUGAGCGGCGAGGCGCUCGAGUACCGCGUCUUCGUCACGACGUGGCUAGGUUUUGGCGCGAAUGAGGCGAGACGGCGAUAUGUGCAGAGUCUCGUCGACGCAUAUCCGCAUAGCCAAGAGUUACCCGAUCCGUGUCUACCCGUCGGGCUACUGGUGAACCAAACGGGCGUAGAAAUAGCACCCGGUUCCUCCGACCUAUCGGCGGAAAACCCACACCUCCUCGGCACAGGCUUCUUCCCGGAAUGCUUGAAGGCCACCUACCCCCUCCUCGAAAAAGAGCGCCCCUGCCUCGACGCCCCCUGCCUCCUCAACGGCCAACACACCCCCGCUAUCGACUUCGACGUGAACCACUUCGUCGGCGUAUCAGAGUUCUGGCACACCACCCACGAAGUCUUCGCCAUGGCGCAUAAAGACAAAGCCUACGAUUUCCAGACGUACCAACAACAGGUCACCGCCUUUUGUUCCCGGGAUUGGGAGGAUAUUGUGGCCGAUGUGGUGGCAGGGAAGAAAUGGGGGAAGAAGGUGGAUGAGAAGACGGUGGAGGAGGUGUGUUUCAAGGCGAGUUGGUUGAUUAAUGUAUUGCAUGAGGGGAUUGGGGUGCCGAGGGUGGGGUUGGAGGAGAGCGGGAAGCAGCAGGUCGGCGGGUGGGAGAACAAGACGAAGGCUGUGAUUGAUGGCGCGAAGGACCGAGGGUUUCUGGACCCGUUUCAAGCGGUUGACAAGAUUGACGGGACGGAGGUGAGUUGGACGUUGGGGAAGAUGGUGUUGUAUGCUUCUUCGCAGAUGCCUGCGAGCACCAACACUAGCGUACUGCCGGUGGGGUUUGGCAGUAACGUCCCGGGCGUGAAGGUCCCAUUUGACUUUCAGUACGCGGCUGGCGGCAAGUCAGCGGAGUCUUCAGUUCCACCGACGGAGCUACCCGCCGCGCCAGAAGGAGUAGCCGGCAAGGACUGGCACGACCGUAUCUUCAACGCCGGCUACGCACGUCGCGUACCGGGGAUACUGAUCUUCGGUCUCAUCCUCGUUCUGGCCGUGUACUUGCUCUGCGGCCGCGAUCGGCGGUUGCGAGUCAAUGCCAAGCUACUGUCCCUCGUAGGACGGAAGCCGGGCAAGCGACCACGAGCACGUGGCGGCAAGCUCUUCGGCGGCACGUCACCGCAGUACGAGCGCGUGCUCGAGGCCGCGGAUCCGGACGACUUCGAAUUGAGUGAGGUCGAAUUGACAUCCAGCUCCUCGCAUACCCGUUUGGGUCGCUCAUCCGGCUGGGCGACGCCGGUCAGUCGUGCCAUGUCGCCUGAUACUACGCGCGCUUCUCCCAAGCAUAGGGUUGACGUCGAUUACUUGUCGUCUGGGUCUGUGAUGGCAACGACGGGCGUAAGCGGGCUCGGUGGAAGGGUGGAGAGUAAAGAGCAUCUUGUUGCUCCACGCGGCGAAGGAGCUAGGAGUCGGGCGGGCAGUCCGUCGAGGAGGGGUGGUCCGCUUGUUGGGCCGUUUAAGGAGAACGUUGAUUAGGAUUUGCGCUGUUUUGCUGGAUCGAUUAGCGAGGCGCUGGUGGUGUUCACAUUGUCCGACAGCUUUCGAGGUCUGCUAUUUAGUGU